GGCUGAGGUAACUGAGCUCGUGCUAUGUCAGGAGAGGAGGAGGAGGAAGCCAUGAAGCUGCAGAGCAUUGUGGGAGGACAGGAAGCUGCAGAGUGUGAACAUGUCACAGUGCAGAUAAUAUGGCUUUGUGGAUGUUUGCAGGAUUCCUAUGAAAACAGGCAGCCACACUUAUGAUGGAGAGGGAAGUGGUUGCCAAGAUGGCAGCAUCUGCGGAUGGACAGACUAAAUACGGGCAGUCGGUAAAAGGGCUCCUCACCGAGAAGGUCAGUACGUGCGGUGCUGAUGUUAUCGCUCUCACCAAGCAAGUGCUGAAAGGUUCCCGCAGCUCCGAGCUCCUUGGUCAUGCAGCAAGAAACAUGGUGAUGCAAGAAGACACCAUUUUACAUUCAGAAGAUAGCUUGAGAAAAAUGGCAAUAAUAACAACUCAUCUACAGUAUCAACAAGAAGCCAUCCAGAAGAAUGUUGAGCAGUCCUCCAAUCUUCAGGAUCAGCUGAAGCAUUUGUUAAAAUGAGAAAAACCCGAAUUGCUCUGGAUACACAUCUGAAGUGCACUGAAUGUUGCCAUUAGUUUACCCGCUGUCGGACGGCUCUUUUACUUGUUCUAGAGAAAAACUUGAAAACACUUGUAGUUAAUGCAUUGAUGGGCAGAUUUAUCAACCUGUCACCGUUAUACAACUGGUGUCAGGGUGUAUGUACAAGGGGGGUGGUAAUAUUAUGGUAAUACUGCAUGAUUAUUUUUUAUUUUUUUUUGCAGGUUACAGUAACUGGUUUAUCAUAAAGGUAAAUACUGUAUAUGAAGCUUUUGGAGCAGUUUUACCAUGUUUGUGAACAAAAACAGAUCUAUUAGCAUACGUUUUCCAAUAACCGCAGUAUAGUUUCCUGCGGUUUGUUAUAAUGCAGUAAUGCUUUGGCUUUCUGCUGCACCAUUACUAAAUCAUGACAAUAAAUCAGAUCUUGUAUUGAUAUAUAUCACAACAUCUCCAUAAAUGUAUUAUAUACACGGUUUAGAUUUAUGGUUGCAUAGCAACAGAAAUGUGACAGUGCUGAUAUAUCUGCCCCAGACUUCUGUAUUAUUAUUAUAAAUAUUUUUAUUGCUUGACUACUUAUAUCUGUAAAACUCAGUGGAUGUUUUGUACAUUAUGUAAAUAUGAUCUUUUUACGUCUGUAUUGUUUCCCCUAUUGCUAAUAAAAGUCAAUGAUAAUAUUGAAGACAUGGAAGAUGAGGAUAAUAC